GUUCACCACCACAUUAAUUAAUUCUCAUUUGUAAAUAAACAAUAACAAUUUAAUAUAUAUACAAACCCAUACAAAUAAUAUAAAAUGACCAAAACAGAAAAUAAAGAUAAUAAAGACAAUAAAGAUACUUUAGUAAAUAAACCAAAAGAAGAUAAUGUUGAAGUUAUUGAAGAUGAUGAAUUUGAAGAAUUUGAAGACAAUAUUGCCGAAUCAGAAGAAAAUACAAAAGAACAAUGGGAAGAUGAUUGGGAUACUGAUAAUAUCGAUGACGAUUUUUCAAAACAAUUAAGAGCUGAAAUCGAAUCACAUUCAUCAAUGAAAUCUUAAAAUAUAAAUAAUACUAAAUAUAUAAAAAUAAAAAUAAAAAAAAAAUAAAAAAAAUAAAUAUUUAGAUUGUGUAUAAAAAUAAAGAAAAACCUAUAUAAACC